GUGUACAUGCAGGCAGUUUCCUUAAAUUCUAACCUGUUGGGCUUGAAUGGAGCAGCAGGCUCUACUUACAGCAAAGGCAGUCCAAUUGCUCUUCCCUUCCCCCGGAGGCAGUGAAAGUCCAGGGUCGGCAGUGGGGAGGGGCAAGCAGGAAGGAAUCUCAGAGGAGGGAGGCAGCGUUUAGUUUGCUGAGUGAGAAGAGAGCACGCGGGAAGGGGAAGACAAGAGGAAAUCCAAAUCAUGACUACAAAACCCAGGCUUUACUACUUUAAUGGAAGAGGCCGAAUGGAAACGAUAAGAUGGCUGUUGGCAACAGCUGGGGUUGAGUUUGAAGAAGCUGAAUAUUUGGAAACGAGAGAACAAUAUGAAAAGUUACUUCAGGAUGGAGCCCUGCUGUUUCAACAAGUGCCCAUGGUAGAAAUCGAUGAGAUGAAGUUGGUGCAGACCAGAGCCAUUCUCAACUACAUAGCAGGGAAACACAACCUCUAUGGGAAGGACAUAAAGGAGAGAGCACUGAUUGAUAUGUAUGUUGAAGGAACAAUGGACCUGAAUGAAAUGAUCAUGCUUUACCCUUUCUCAUCUCCUGAGGAAAAGGAGAAGAAUUUUGCCUUAAUGAUUCAGAGAGCAACCAACAGAUACUUCCCAGUGUAUGAGAAGGUUUUAAAAGAUCAUGGACAAGAUUUUCUUGUUGGCAACCAGCUCAGCAGGGCAGAUGUACAAGUGCUUGAAUCCAUUUUAAUGAUUGAAGAGUAUGAGCCCACUGUUCUCUCAGAAUUUCCUCUAUUACAGGCUUUUAAAGCAAGAAUAAGUAACCUCCCUACAAUUAAGAAAUUUCUGCAACCUGGAAGCCAAAGGAGGACCGAACCCGAUGAUAGAAUUGUAGAGACUGUGAAUAAAGUUUUGCAAUUAUAAAAAGAGUUAAAAUCAUAGCAAUAAAAAUUUUCAUUCAGCAUUAGCAGACACAGAUGUAAUGCUCAGAGAAAUCAAGUAUUUUGGUUAUGAUAUGAAUACCAAAAAAUAGGAAUUAGGAAGCAGUUCAGGAAAUAUUGCAUGUGCACUGAAGUAUGGCAUUCAAUCAAAAGGUAGUAAUCUGUGAAGAGAAUGUCUUCAGGUGAAAUCAAUGUCUUCUUGUGAAGUAAA